AUGUGUAAGUAUAAUGGCACUCACGGGCACAUGACCGAAGACUAUCGACAACUGAGAGAAGAAGUAGCCAGAUUAUUCAAUAACGGGUACCUCCGAGAAUUUCUGAGUGAUCGAGCUAAAAAUCACUUCAGGAAUAGGGACUCCAACAACCAGACCGAGCAAGAGGAACCUCAGCAUGUCAUUAACUUGAUCAUUAGUGGAGCUGACGUCCCCCAAGGGCCAAUGCUAAAGCGCACUAAGGUGUCCAUUACAAGGGGAAAAUGGACUCGAGGUUAUAUACCAGAGGGAACCAUAUCUUUCAAUCAUGAGGACGCUAAAGGCAUCGUGCAACCACAUAAUAAUGCACUGGCAAUAUCUGUACUCAUAUAUAAAUCUCGAGGUAAGCGUAUGUUAAUUGAUCCAGUAGCUCGGACAAUAUCACCAGAUCGAGGAAAUUGA